CCAGAAGCGCAUCUUGUGAGCAUCAGAAAGCUCCUCUGCUGCCAAGAUUCCAUGUUACGUUAUACUUGGUUAAAAAUAACUUUUAUGCAUUCAUUUUAUUCCAAAUCAAUAGUGAUAAAACAACUAAUGUUCUACAGAUCUUUCAUUAAAUAAUUAAACCCCAUAUUUUGUUACAUAUUAUUUUCUUAGGUAAGAUCUGCGCAUAUAGGCAAACUGAGUUAAUUCUUAAAUAAAUUUAAUUUAGUUUUAAUCAUGAAAUUAUAGUAUUUAUUGGUAAAACAUUAUAUAGGAUCCAAAAUCUAUUAAUCUAUCUUGAAACUUGUAAUACGUUUAUAAAAAAAAAUUAUUAUAAAUUAUUUGUAAAAUUAAAUUUAUAUAAUUUUAGUUUUAAAUUUUUAUAUUUGUAAAUGUUUUAGUUGCCGCAAAAUAAGAUUUAAUGGAAAAUCAUAUUAAGUAGAAUACACCUUUCUAUUGUUAUGGGUUUUAUGUGAUCAUUUAGGGGUGUAUUCAAUAUACAACUUGAAGUGAUUUGAUUCUUACUAACUCUUAGAUGAUUGGUAAGUCAAAUUUAGGUAAAUUAAAAACUUACUAUAGUUUUAGCUUUAAAAAAUCUAUUAUCCUAUACAACUAUGAGAUUAGAUUAUUAUUUUAUUUUUAGCUAAUAAACUCUACUAAAAACCUCAAAAUGAUUAGAAAAAAAUCUGAAUUUCAUCAUUUAAAAUAAUUUUAGUAACAGUCGAUUUUAAAAUAAUUUAGAUUCAAUAACACUGAUUUUUAUCUUAGAAAAAAAUCAUGUUUAGAUAACAAUGAUUUAUCACUUUAAUACAAACCAACUCCGACUCUCAAUUCAAUACUAGUUCUUUUAAUAAUAUGUUUAUGACUAUUUUCAUUUAAUAGUUAUUUAAAUAUUUUAUGAAUAUUUCUUUUCGAUAUUUUGAAUUAUAAUGUGAAAAUUAUAUAUGUUUUCUCUUAUAUUACAUAUUAUAUAUAUAGAUGAUGUGGUAAUUACUUUUACAAAAUCAUCAAAACAUGUGAUGAUAAUAUAAUAAUAAUUAAUAACUAAUAUAAUAUAACUGAAAGAGAAAAUUGGAAAAGAUGGUAAUUUCUUUUGUUCUUUUUACCUGCAAACGGUUAGUUUAAAAUCAAACAGAAAUCCCAUAGGUUAUUUUAAAUUUAAAUAAAAGUGGCAUACAAUAUACGUAUUUUAGUAAUAUAAGCCCAUCUCUAUAUUUUCUAAAAGGUUUUCUAGUAUUAAUACAUUAAUAUAGUACUAGUAUAAAUAACACGUUUAAAAUGAUAUUUUCUACAAAUAUUCUUCAAAUUUUAUAUAAAGGAAUGAAAAAUACUUAUUUUGCUAAACAUCUGUUGAAAUCAAGAGUCCAUUUUUCCCAUAGUAGAUAUUCCGACUGCGUUUGGCGAUCAUUUUUCUUUUUUGAAACUGAAAUGAAAUGAAUCUAAAACAUUAGUUAGUUUUAUUUUCUUAACCUUAAUCUUUAAAUAAAUAACCUGCAAAUUUAAAUUAAUUUAAGAUAUUAAAGAAAAAAAAGUAAAAAGGAAAAGAAAAAGCUAAAUUCCCAGUGCCACCACCACCUGAUACAUUCGACUUCUGUUUAAAUAAUGGCUAGAGAAGAAAAUGGCGGUAUUACAUAUUCUCUCAUACUAACAUGAUGACCUAAAUUGGAAACGUACGUAAUCACUUUUUUUUUUUUUAAUUAACCUGGGGUAUCCCAGGCCCAUGGAGAGACCCAGACUAAUCUCCAAGGAGAGGUGCAGCCCACGGAUUAACGUACGUAAUCACUUGUUUACGAGUUUUAUUUACAUUGUACUUAGAGAGAUUUUCAGUAACAUAUCUUUAGAUUUGGAGUACAAAUAUAGAGAGUAUGCAUUUUCAUGUGAAUACUUACCUCCUUACAAAAAGAUAGUAUCAGCUACAUUUUUUAUGUAUACAUAUAAUUUCUUCUGGCCAAAACAAAAAGUUAAUAAUCUGAAAAGUCUACAUGUUUACUCAGGUUUUUAGUGGAAUCUUCUCUGUAGGUUAAAAAAAGGUGUGGUUGUUUUUGUAAAAGCCAACUCAUACAUCUCAAAGUUCAUUGGAUCUAAACGUCAAAUCAAAUUCACUAUGGCCACUUAUUCUCUUAUAUCGUCCUAUAAAUACGUGUUGUUCUGACUUUAUGUCUUCAUUCAAUCAACAUUAUAACAAAUCCGAUCCCCCAAAGCAAGCCUAAGCUUGUCAACACAUACCCACAAUCUCAUCAGUACCAUCGAAACGUUUUUAAUCUUUCAGACUUAUUAUUUGUUUCUUCGUCUGAAUUCUUAAAGAAGCAAUCGAGAUGGCCCGAAUUUCUUCAGACCCGCUUAUGGUUGGGAGAGUGAUUGGAGACGUUGUGGACAAUUGUUUGCAGGCAGUGAAAAUGACAGUGACCUAUAACUCCGACAAGCAAGUCUACAAUGGCCAUGAACUUUUCCCUUCUGUGGUUACAAACAAACCUAAGGUUGAAGUUCAUGGGGGUGACAUGAGAUCAUUCUUCACUUUGGUCAUGACUGAUCCUGAUGUUCCUGGACCUAGCGAUCCUUAUCUGAGGGAGCACUUGCACUGGAUUGUUACGGAUAUCCCAGGGACAACCGACGUGACAUUUGGAAAGGAAAUAGUAGGGUACGAGAUGCCUCGGCCAAACAUAGGGAUCCACCGGUUUGUGUAUUUGCUUUUCAAGCAGAACUGUAGAGGAAGUGUGAUUUCUGUGCCGUCUUACAGAGACCAAUUCAACACUCGAAUGUUUGCACAUGAGAACGAUCUCGGCCUCCCCGUUGCAGCUGUUUUCUUCAACUGCCAGCGUGAAACCGCUGCUAGACGCCGUUGA